CUGAAAGAUAGUUUGGGUGUGAAAUUGGGUGACAUAAAAGUAAAUUGUCUGCUGUAUGCUGAUGAUGCAGUGCUUAUUGCACCAUCAGCGGCAGAACUGCAGGCAUUAGUCACGUGUAUGAAAGAGGAAUGUGAAAUUAAAGCUUUGAAAGAAAGCGAAAUUGAACAGCAAUUGAAUUUCAAUUACUCAGAUGGCCUUUCUGAUGAUGUAGAGGAAGAUGUAUUCAUUCAAGAACACCGCCUAUUGUCGUCUGAGUCAGAAAGUGACAAUGGAAGCAGCCACGAUUUAAGGCAUUUCCAACAAGAGUUUGAAAACGAGCCAGCGGUUUCUAGUCCAGCUAUGCCUCCACGUGAAAUAUGUACUCCUACACUUAUAAGAGGACCUCCGAGUGUGAGAUCAAGAGGGCAUUCUCUAAGAAGGGGUAUAUCUAGGGGACGUUCGAGAGGUCCAUCAAGACGUGUGAUAUCAGUAAGCCAAAGGCCGCGAGGCAGACCGCCAACUCGUUACCGUGGAUCAAGGGUACGUGCUCGAGGUAUUUCUUUUCGUCACUAUUACUCACCAGAAGACUGGAAUGGCACAAAUUUUUCUCAUAUAAUACCUGAACUUAACCAGCCAUCUUAUAAACCACGGGAACUACAUGACUGGCGUCCUGAAGACUUUCUUGCCGAUUAUAUCGAUGACCAGCUAUUGCAAAAUAUCACAGUACAAACAAACAGGACUUACAUUAAAAAUUACGGGAGGUCACUGGGUCUCACUGUUAAGGAACUGAAAGUAUUUUUUGGUAUUACUUUUGUUAUGUCUUGCCUUAAUUAUCCUCAACUACGUAUGUUCUGGUCUAAAAAAUGGAAAAUUCCUAUUGUUGCUGAAAAUAUGACUAGAGAUAGAUUUUUCAAGAUACGAACAUCUUUAAAAAUUGUAUUUGAUGAUGAAAUAUCCUCUUCAGAAAGAAGCUCAGAUAAAUUAUGGAAAGUGAGGCCUCUUUUCGAUAGAAUAUUACUAGGGUGCUUAAAACAAGAAAGAGCACAACAUAUAUGUAUUGACGAAAUGAUAAUACCAUUUUCAGGGAGCUGUCCAAUACGGCAAUAUGUGCCAAAUAAACCGCACCCAUUAGGUUUAAAGGUUCUGGUUUUAGCUAAUCCAAACGGAAUAAUAUGCGACAUGUUUGUGUACCAAGGAGACACGACUUUUACCGAUACUAUGAGAAGCAUUUACUCGGUCAAUGAGUGUUCUGUUCUUCAACUAACUGAGUCUUUAGUUCCUGGACACGUCUUAUACUUCGAUAGAUAUUUCACCUCCCUCAAAUUGGCAGAAACACUUUUUGAUCGUGGUUUCCUGUGUGCAGGAACCAUAAUGAAAAACCGUAUCCCACAAAAUGUGCUGCUCAUGAAAGAUCGUGAUAUGAAAGAAAAAGGACGUGGAUGCUGUUUUACAACAUACUCUACGGACGGGAAGUUAGCAAUAACAAAAUGGUUUGACAAUAAACCAGUGCAUAUGUUGUCGACGUGCUAUGCGGCUGAAAAUACAGAUUUUUGCUCAAGAUGGUCAAAGACAAAGAAGGCUUACGAAUCGAUCGUAUGCUCGCUGUUUGCCCUUCCAAAGCAAGAACCAAAAAAUGGACGAUUAGGUUCAUUUUUCAUUGUUUUGAUAUAG